AUCGUGCAUCGAAAGUGGAAGCCUCUGCUGUGGUGUAAUGUAAUGCGUUAUGACGCUUCUGCGUUAGUUAAGGAGGUGGUGUGUAGCGCGUACCGGCGGGACCCCGAAAUCGGAUGCAUAAGCAGCCGGACGAAAGCCGGCAACUAGCAGCGCGGACCAUCGACGACACGCGAUCGCAACUCACUGUCGGUGGUGCGGCGGCGUUCCGUCACCGCCUCCUCCAAGAUGCAGUGUCCGCUGGCUCCGCGGCUAGCAGAAAGCGCUCUUCCAACGCUGUGACCCUGCCCUGGGAUGCAUGGCCGUGCCCAGAAUGAACUGCAAACCGAUCGUCACGUAUGCAGGUGACAAGCCAGUGUUCAAAGCCCUUGAGAAGCUGUUUCUGGAAGGGUUGCCGCAGGAGCCUGUUGAGUGGACACGGUCCUACGGGCGGGGCCCGAAGACGGUGCGGGUGGAGUGUCGCUUUGUCGAGUAUGAUGUGGCCCAGCUGUCUCGAGAGAAAGAUGGCCGCCUGCUCGAUCAGGCACACUUGCAUGUGUACUGCACUGACUGCAACGACCUGGAAACGUACCGGUCUCGUGUGCGAGAUGAAAUUAUCGAGUGGAUGUCUCAGCUCAAGGAGGCCGGAAUCUGUGACUGGAUGCUGAUCGCCGUGGAGCUGACAGAUGCGCGGCGUGCCAACAAGGCCAAGCUCCUAUCACGGGCGACUGUCUUCGACCGCAUGCGUGCUGACUUCCCCAGCAAGAAUUUCGAUCGGUGUGUGCAGGUGUAUGCAGACUCAAGCGGGUCGGUUCAGGCGGCGCUGCUGGGGCGCCUGCGGCAGCUUUUGUUGCAUGCCACAGGGCGCCUCCUGGGCCGUUAUGAGGAGCUGAUACGGACGCAGCGGGAGAGGCGAACCGUGCCCAACUGGUCUUUUCUGCACUUCUUUUUCCUGCAGGAGGAGCUGGCAUUUGUGCUAGAGGCAUUGGGACUGUAUGAUGAAGCCCUGGUGCAGUACGAUGAGCUUGAUGCCCUGUUUACCCAGGUGGUCAUCAAUUCGGCCAGUGGAGAGAUGCCCGAGUGGCUGUGCCAGCUUGCACAACUGGGCUGCGAGGCUUGGGGAGGGCUGCAGCUCGGCGUGGACCCUGCACACAGCCCUGAACGGCAGCUUCUGCUGCACAGAAAGGGUUCCCUGCUGCAGCUGCGCAACUACCUCUUCUCCCGGCAGUGUGCCCUACUUCGCCUACAGAACCGGGCAUCCGAGAUGGCAUCACGCACGCUCUCGUUCCUACACAACACCGUCCAUGAACUGGCCAUUCUGGAGGUGACUACACCGCCAGGGGCAGUGGCCUGCUGGGUGUUCACCAGCUGCCUGGAGGUGCUGUCUGCGUGCGAGGGUGACGGCCCAACAGAAGAAGUGGCACCUGCCAAUGCUACACCGCCUCUGUCGCGGCGAGGGGAGAAACAGCCACAGCAGCAACCACAGCAACCGCAGCAACAACCACAGCAGCAGCAGCAAUCUACGAUGGUGAAUGGUGCGGCGUACUCCCUACACACUGUGGGGCUCUGGUCUUAUGCCAGAGAAAAGCUCAAGCAGUUGGGUGAGCUGUGUGGCCUGAUGCCUGGCAGGGAGUCCACUUCCGAGCAGCUGCUCAUGGUGAUCACACUUCUUUCGGGCAUGCAGUCGUUGGAAGCCGAGUUGGACAGCCAGUCUCCACACAGCCAGCUGAGGGAGGCACUCUCUUCCAAGGAAUCCUUUCUCAAACACUACCUGGAUCUGUCGGAGCACACCAUGAUCAUGUUCAAGCACACAGGGCGACUACGGUCGGCCAGGCUUGUGGGCAGAGAUCUGGCUGAGCUGUACAUGCAGCUGGGUGAGCCGCAGAAGGCGGUGCCCUUCCUCGUGGAGCUGGUGCGGAGCCAGGCAGACGAAGGAUGGCACCGGCUGGCAGCCAUUGGGCAACGCCGCCUGCUCGAUUGCUAUGCUCAGACGUGCGAGUGGGGGCGCUACGUGCGUACGGCGCUCGCCUUGGCCGCCUGUUCUGCGCUACCUAUGGACGAACGUCUCCAGCUGUUCGAAGAGGUUCAGCCAUGCAUGCAGAACCUGCGUGAGAUGGGAGACGGGCCUGUGGCGCUGCCCAUGGAGGGCCUGGUGUCACUAGAAGCCGAUGAGGCUAGUCAUGCCCUCCCACUGCCUGCAUCGACAGUGCCUCGGUGGGCAGAGGGCAGUGAGGUCGAGCUGUCGUUGACCCUGACAAGCCAACUGCCCGCUACCCUCAAAGGGUGCAUCCUGACCCUACACCUGAAUCGGCUAGAGGCACCUCCAUCCGUCACCAACACACCAACUCAGAAGCAUCGUGGCCGUUGGAGUUGGCUAGCUUCGAGUGGCCGCCCUGGUGGGUGGAGCCCUCGUAUGGCUGUGCUGCUACCUCGUGCGGCAACAAGCCCUGCUGCAGGCCGAGGGAGCUCCAGCCACCACAAUGCGGGAUCCGUGGGACUGGUGUGCUCCAACCUGCCCACCGUGCCGCCCCCAGCACCGUGCCUCACUAAUGCCAGUGGAAGCAGUGACACCGUCGAGUUCCAGCUCCAGGGCGUUGACCUUGUGCCGGGACUCAAUCGUUUCACCUUCCACCACAAGGUAUCUCAAGUGGGCUAUUACGUGGGUCGGCAGCUGGACCUACGCUGGGAGCAGCUGAGCCUGGCACAGCUCACAUUGGGUGGGGGUCUCACGAGCAGGGGAGCAAGGCUGUCAAUGGCCCGGCCACCCGCCUUCACCAUCUACUAUGACAGCCCCAAGGUGGCAUUGCACUUUCCACAGGGUGAGCUCCUGGCCGGGGUGCGGCAGAGGCUAGAGGUGGUGCUGACAAGUGGCAGCAUUCCUCUCACUGCCGCGCACCAACUUCACCUCAAGGCCUCCAAGGGGCUGCUGAUCAGGCCCAGCCACAGAACGACAGACUCCAAAGCUGAAGAGGCGAGCUCCGAGUGUCCUCUGCCUUCGUUGUCUCCAUUGUCUCCACCUUUCGCUGAUGAGUGCCGUGUGCCAGUUGGAGAGCCCGGUCUGGCAGCAUCGUCAACAGAAGGGCGCACCUUCUCUCUGGUGCUUCAAGCACCACUGGGACCGUCGUCCUCACCUGCCACACACCAGGUGGCGCUAGCAGUGGAAAACUCUGAUGGUGUUGCUGUUCUGGGGUCGUCGCAGACAGUGGCACUCCACUUUCUGGCACCCUUUGCCUGCAGCCAUCGGCUGCAGACUUUUGACCAGCGGAAGUACCUCCAAGUGAACCUGCAGGGCCUGACAUCACAGCCCUUCACAGUGGGGAAUGCCACCCUGCUGGCACUGGACAACGAGCCUGUGUACCUCAAACCCCUCCACUCAAGCUCACAGCUGCUGAGAGUGAGUCCCGCUCAAAUGGCAUGCUUCCUUUGGGAGCUGCUCAACGCCGAGGGCCAGCCGCUGCGCCUCUCCUUCUCAGUGCUGUAUGCACACGGCACGGGCGAGGAUCGUGUCGAAAACAGCUUCAGCCACACCUUCCGCAUCGAGGAUUACCAGACUCUAUACACAGUACGUGUGCGAGUGGAGCCGCAGUCUGGAGCUGAGUUCUGCCGGACAGACUGCGCAUGUAGCCUGCACGUGCAAAUCUGUCAGCUGCAGACAACAGCGCCAUCCGCAAUCAUGUAUGAACUCGUUCCAGAUGCGACUGCCUGGGCCGUGCUUGGACGCACAGCAGGGGUGUUGCAGCUGAGCCCUGAGCAGCGUGAGCAGACCGUCAUGCUGGAAGUGAAGCCACUGCAGGUCGGGUUCUUGCCUGUGCCCACAGUGAGGCUGUCACGUUACAUCCCGCCGUCCUCAUCUGGGGGAACACCCUCCAAGAGCAUGAGUAAUGAAGGCAGCAGUGCGCAGGGUACCGCCAAGCUGGAGCCAUUCCUGCCUGGCCAAAUCUACAAUUGGAGCCGAGCCACGCAAGUGCACGUGCUGGCACCUUCGACCAGCAGCUGUGAGCCACCCGGCUGACAAGAUGCAGCAUCGCGUGUGUGUUAGAAAGGCCUCAUGAGAGUGGGAAACCCCUUGCCACCACCCUCAGCGCUGGCCUCGCCUGUACUAUUCGCCACGCCCCACCCCCUCCUCCCUUCUGGGCCACUGUACAAAGAGAGAGAGACAAGGAAAAAAAAAAGAAAGACUGCCUGCUCCCCUUUUAGGAGCUUGACAGGGACGUUUUCUCCGCCCGUUGUCGUCGUACUUCCUAUCCUCUUAGGAUAGCCUCGUCGUAAUUUCAUGUUCUGUGGGCCAGUCUUAGCGCCUACUGUCCUGCCUGCAGUGCAUCACCCUGCAAUGAGUGGCUGAUGUGCGUGAGACUCUGAUGAAAGAAAGGAAAAGAAGCCUGAAAAACAUUGUGGUGAUAUUUUUGCUCCACUUCUUGUAAAUGCUGUGCUUGUUUACAUAGUCCGCCUGUGUUAAAUAUCCCUUCCCUACAGCAGGCCUCCUUUAAAAAAAAAAUAGAAAGAACUUUCUCCUCUCCUGUGGUAAUGUAUCAGUGACAUGCCUGAUGCCCUCCUUGGUGUUUCGCGAAUUGGUGUCCAACAGUCUUUCCUUUACCCUACUUUGUGUGUAUUAUGGCAUGCAGGCCUUCCUUUCCCUCCCAACUCAGUCAGGCCCUGCUUUAGACUGUUGUACAAAGUUGAAGACAAAGUCAUUGCUUCUUUCUUUAGGAAACGUGUUACGCUGUCAUGACGACAGGCAUCACAAAACUCCUAGCCUCCUGUAUUAAGGCCUCCUCUCAUCUCCGUCCGAAGAGGCCGCAAGGGUUGUACAUGUUCCACAAGCAAAGCGGCACAUUGCGGUUGCUUUGUCUUUUGUUUUGCGCACGCCAGGAUUGUUGCGUGACGCUGUUCAGAGGCAUGUGUAUUGCUCUAGGAAACAAAAGAAGAAUAAAUAGGCUACAUUGUAAUUUCA